AUGCUAACACGACAUUUAACAUCGAAAAUACUUGAUAUUCGUAUUGAAGAGGAAAAGUUUUAUUUUCCUGGUGAAACAAUCAAAGGCAUUAUUGUUGUUCAUCCAAAAAGUUCAAUAAAAGUCAAUUCAAUUCAACUCAAGUUCUUUGGCGAAGUUUAUAUUCAUUUAAAAGAAAAAGAAACAACAACUUUAUUCCAAAAUUCGCUUGUACUUUCUGUAUACCCUAAUAGUACUGUACCAAAACAGACAACCUUAAGUUCUAGCGAGCAUGAAUUUCCAUUUCAAUUCAUUGUGCCAAAGGAUUUAAAUUUACCAAGUUCAAUGGAGCUUGGUAAAAAAGGCCAUAUUCGUUAUACAAUUCAUGCAAUGUUGGAUAGACCGAUGAUACCUGAACCUCUUUGUCCUAAAAUAGACUACACAGUUUCUUUAUUAGAAUUUAUCGAUAUAGAGCAAAAACAAUUUAAAAUCCCACAAGAAAAAUCACAAGAUGUCAUGCUACCAGAUGCAAAAUACAAUCAAAAAUGUAUGGUUACAGCUUCUAUUCCACGUCUUGGAUUUACAAGAGGUGAUAUCGUUCCUCUUAAAGUAAUCAUAGAUCAUUUUACAUCAUUUUCACGUAAAGGUUGUGUAACAGUAAAUUUAGUGAGGACUGUUGAAAUUAGAACCAGUCACCAUACAGUAUUUAAGGAAACAGUAUUACGAUCUACACAAUAUGAUGUCGAUAUUAAACAGUCUCCAUAUCAACAGUCCCUAAAAUGCCAAAUAUUAAUUCCAACCUCGACACCGCCUUCUAUUCGGUAUAAAGAGAAAGUACUUCGAUUUCAUUAUAAAGUGCAUGUUGAGGUAUCUUUCACAUCCAAGGUGACCAUAACAUUAGAUAUACCUGUUGUCAUCGGUACUUGGCCACGAGCUUCUGUUCCAAUUGAAGAUGAUGAGGAUACCACACAUGAUUUGGAAGACUUAGAUGAUGAUAUAGAGUCUGUACAUAAUUCUGUGGAGGGUCGUUGGCAUAAAAAUAACAGUUCAAGUACUUUGAAUACAGCUUAUAGAAAUUCUAUCAGUUCAAAUAACAUGAAUAGAUCUGAUUCAAUUACAUCAAGAACAUCCAACAAUUCUACUUCUUCUUGGAAAUCAAGUCGAUCUUGGGAGAUGCAAAAAAUGAAUCCAUCAAAAAACCUAAGUCGAAAUACAUCACAAUCAACGACUUUAUCUUCGCCUGAUAGACUUCCCUCUUAUUAUACACAUCAUCGAUCCAGUUCUUCGCUUUAUUCUUAUUCUUCUUGUGAAUACCCAUCUUAUAAUUAUCAACAAAGACAAUCUAACACUUUACCUCCAUUGGCUGGCCCAAUCCAUCCUCAAUCAUAUAGACUAGGAAGGUAUGAACCUCCAAUUAUAUUACAUAAUGAUGUACCCACUCAUAUACUGGAACCUAUUGCAUCUGUUGAGCAACAACAGCAACAACAACAACAACAACAACAGCCAGAAAUAUCAAUUUUGUCAGAUUCUUCUUCAGAAUCAUUAUCAUUAGAAGAUUCAGAUGAAGAUGAUUUGUUAGCUAUCAUUGAAAGAAAAAAAAGAAAGAACAAAGAGAGUUAA